AUGUGUCGUUCGAAAGCGGUUUAUUUCACUGAGGAAGACGAUAAUAUGAUCAUUAAACUUAUGAAAACUUAUGGAAAAUUCACUAAUCGUUUCGUAAUCAUUAAUGGAUUAAUGAAUGAAAAGUUUACUAACAGUCAAAUCUCCGAACGCUGGAGAAAUUAUCUUAACCCGGAAUUAUGCAAAGAAGACUUGGGUUAUUACGAAAAAGUCAUUAUUGAUGAUAAAGUUCAAAAAAUUCUCGUGACAAGCGUUAAAAUCCGCUGGAGAGAAGUAAUUCGUGAAUUGCUUAGAUUGUUCGGAAAACUUUAUUCUGAGAAUAAAAUUAAAAAUUAUUGGAAUUUGAAAUACAGAAAUAAAAUGAAAAAAGAUUUAAAAAAUGACGCAAAGAAGGAAACGAAACCAAAAUCUUGUUCGUCAAAAUAUUCGAAAGGCAAAGAAGGGAAAGAACGACGGAAAGAGCGUACCGUUCGGGUAUUGAUCAUGAUGGGCGUCCCUAAGUAUACAAAUAUAAUUAGUAUAAGGAACAAGAAACCGGAAACUUAUAUGUCUGACGAAAGAUCAAAAUAA